AUGGUUGAGCCCCAAGCGGAAAGUGUAGUAAGUUGCCUGGGUUUCAAAGUAGCAGAACCUGAUCCAGCGUUUCAGGAACUGUUGCCUCCAAAACAAGGCGGCAAGAUGGCGUUCAGUGCCAGGCAGCUUAUUCUCUUUGGCCUCGUUGUGACUGCAUUCUACUUGACUAGCGGAAGUCCUACGAGGGAGUUUGCAGGAGAGAAAGAAGAGUCGGACCUUGCUGACGCUACCGAUGAACAGGAAUCGGGCGUGCUAGGCCGCUUGUGGUCCAGUCUAAGCACUCUAACGGGUCUUAAAAGGAGGGACACAGGCGACCGACUUGAUAGAUUCCGACGAGACCUUCUCACCAGCUGGCACCAUAGUAUAAAAACUCUAACACAUGCCAGUAGAAGACAUCGAAGGGACCUCGAGAAUGGUCUAACCACCGAUACUGAAGGUUACUGGCUACUUACUAACCUUGACUCAAAUGUUCUUCCUCGAUUGAUGUCCUUCAGUGUCCCUGCUGGUCUAAAUUCUAUGACCAUAUUCGAACACGAAGCCAAAUUGUUCUGGAUAGGUACACAUGGUACCGGAAUCGCCGUUUAUUACGUCGAUAUGAAUACGGAUAUGUUUGAGCAAGUUACGAUUCCAAGUAAAGGGGCUUCUAAAUGUGUGCCGGUAAUGAAGACGCAGGGUUUCAUAGAGAUGGUUUGUGCAGAGAGUCUUGAUGAUGGUGAUAAGGUGGGCAGCGGUGCCUAUACUAUAACUUGGAGUAACGGCCUUGAAGUCAAACUAGCAAGAACCCUGCCAACACAAGCGGCAAAAGAUGUCGCUUACUGGUAAGCAUAAUUGCAAACGUACUAACCUCUCAUUAAAUUGAGAGGGGGAUUUA